AUGAGUACUACGACAUACUAUUCACUGUACAUGCAAUUGUGUCAUGUAACUGAAGAGGUGUUGAAAAAACAGCUUCGACAAUUUGUGACUCGAAAUCCAGAAAAACAAGAAUUUCCAGUGCUGGACUUUGUGCUAGAGGAAAUUACAAUACCUGACGAAGUAUUCAAUUGGAUUACCAAUGCCCACAGUUGCCAUCCCCACGUGCUUUCCAGUGUAAUAACAAAAAAGAAACAUCUAGAUUGGGUGGUACAGGAAACACUGCAAAGUUUAAAAGAGAGAGAUUAUGAGGUUUUAAGCAUCAAAGAAUUUGGAGACCUACUGGAUAAUAUGCCCUACACACCAUCAGCAUAUGAACAAUAUUAUUUAUGUAAGUUGUUAUCUGAUAGUAACUAUGAAGAUGUAGAUAAACCGCAUCCUGUAGAAAAUAUUACGAAGAGGUAUAAAGACAUUGUAUCACAUAUCGAUGAAAGCAUCUGUAAAAUCGCAUAUCUAGCUGAUUGUGUAUCACUAGAACGUUUAAUCGAUAUUAUACAGCAGCAUGAUAUUAAAUUUGUAUUUGAUGUAGAAAAUAAGAUGAGACAUUAUACUGUAUUGAAAUGGAUAAAGAAAAAUAUAGCCAAGGGUAACAUUGGAGAUGAAACCCUCGGAUGGACCUCUGGACCCUGUAGUGUGAAAUGGCCAUCCACCAAAUUCGAAGAUUAUGUAGCAUGUUUAAAGAUCUUGUGUGAUUUAUCCAAAACGUAA